GGUUGUGCUCUUACUAUGCAGGGCUAAUCUUUUGUACGCUCGUAAAAUGCGAAUAAGAGAAAAAAACAUUCAGAUUUUAGUGCUCGUGGAGCGGGAUUUGCCAUCCGUUUCGCACCUGGUGGCCAAUUCCCAUCCCGCGGAGAAUGGCACGGUGCCACAGUUGUAAUGUGCAGACAGAGGCACGGGGAUUUCCUCGCUUGCUCGCAUCGCAUUGCUUGCUUGCUUGUUUUUGUAGGCGGGGAGUUGUUUGCCACUUUCACACGAGCGGGGCGCCGAGGGGUUGAGUCGCGGAAUGUCAGGAGCGCGUAGCCAGCGUGUAACCUGUGCAGGUUCCCCUUUGCCAUAAUUAGUUUGCUCUUGUGUUAUUACGCCCGGUGUGCUUUGAUUGCCCACCGUGUCUGAGCGCCUCUCUGUGGGGUUUGUCAACUCAUGCGCUUCUCGCUGGUCAAACCUGCUGCUUCAUCACCUCGUUGUGCGAAGGAAAGCGGCAGCCGAGCCAGCCAGCGGUGUUGCCAGAUCAGAACAACCAGCAGUACAGGUGGAGGCUUCUCUUGUGGCAUGAAUACCAUAAACAAAGGAAACAAGGCCUUAAAGGUGAAGCGGGAGCCUGGGGAAAAUGGUACCAGUCUAACGGACGAUGAGCUGGUCACCAUGUCGGUGCGCGAACUAAACCAGCAUUUACGGGGGCUCUCUAAAGAAGAGAUCCUGCAGCUAAAGCAAAGGCGACGCACCCUGAAGAACCGUGGCUAUGCUGCAAGCUGCCGGGUGAAGCGGGUCACCCAGAAGGAGGAGCUGGAAAAGCAAAAAGCCCAGCUGCAACAGGAAGUGGACAAGCUGGCAACAGAGAAUGCAAGCAUGAAGGUGGAGCUGGAUGCUCUGCGCUCAAAGUAUGAAGCCCUCCAGAGCUUUGCCAGGACUGUGGCGCGCAGCCCCGUCACUACAGGAAGGGGACCCAUGGCCUCUGUGAUAGGGCCCCUCAUCCCUGGUAAAGUAGCUGCCACCAGCGUCAUCACCAUCGUCAAAUCCAAAACGGAGGCCAGGUCGUAGUAGCAGAACAGGCAGAGGGAUGAUUUUCACUUCUGAACUAGUCAGUGCAUUUUAACAUGGUCCAGGGUCUUCUGUGUUUUUUAUUUUAUUUUAACAGUCAUAAAAUGCUUCUUGAUUCACUCUGAGCAAUGCAACACAGCAGUCGUCCAUUUUCUUUAAUAUAAGAUGAUAUUGUUUGUCUUUAUUUAUCUCUAAUUUCUUAAUAUUGACUCAAUCAAAUCUAACAAUUCAAGGCCCUCUUGCUUGUUAUUCUGCACUGACUUGAUUAAGGAUCAAUAAUGAAAGUCACUUUCCUGGUCUUAAUGCUACAGAAGUCUUCAAAACAACUAACCCAAAACUAGCAAUUUAAGUCCAACUUGUGAUAUUUCAGUUUGUUUUGUUUUGGUGUUAGGUGUCUCUCAGUGAUGUAGGCAUAAAACAAUGCUGACAAACCUAGAGUUCGUUUCAGUUUAUGCAUCCGUGAAAGGCUUCAGUGAAGUUGUCAUUAUCGACAUGACUGGUAGAUGCAAUAAUAUAUGUAUGCACUGAAAACACACAUGGAAAAAAAAAAAAAAGAGAUCUUGCGUAUUUAUCUUAGCGAUAUCGUUCCAGAGCUGAGUGCCAUUCCAGUAUGACAAGAUUCCGCUACAAUAUCCGAAAACCUGAAUGUUGAUACAGUGAUACCCUCACGAUUUGUGAGGACACUCAUUUUGGUCAUAGAGAAAAUACGUCAUUUUCUUUAAAAGAUAUCUCUCUCUAUAUAAAUAUUACUUUUUUUUUGUAAUUACUUCUUAACAUGUCCGUCAAAUAUUUCCAAAAGAACGUCUUUACACAAGCUUUACUGUUUGAAUUGUUAAAGUGUAGAAAACUUUGUCUAUCACUGAGUUCUUGGUUUUUAUUACUUGGUAGAUCAAACUCCAUUGUUUAUAGAAAUACAGAAAAAGAAAACUCAUUAAAAAAAAUCCUGUGACAUCUCUUUUGCAAUUGUACCAAAAGUGGCUUAUUAUUGAAGUCUGAUAGCUUUUUUUCUAGUGACUAGGCGCGUACAGUGGGGUAGCGCGUAAUGUGACGUAUAAGUGGCAAGUUGGCGGUGUUGUUCACUGUAUAGAUGUCAACGCUGUGCUAUUUAAAAAAAAAACAAACUAAUCUGUAGAGCUAAACUAGGUGGUGUGAACAAGGUCAGUUGUCUGUGUGCGUAUUGGCAUCUGUGAUAUCCUCUGCUUUCUCGGUGUUAGUUACCAAUCAUAUUGUCAUGAAGAGUUUACGUCAGCGAGCAGUGUAAGACAGAUAUCAAUGAAAUAGUCUGUGAAUUUAAAUGAAGCUUAAACUAAGAAUAUGCUGCACCUGAUGUUGGAAACCUUCAAAAUAUGUCUUCUGUGACCUGAAAAUAAAGAACUUUAUUGUUGGGAAGAUUUCAUUAGUUUUCCAGCCACUUACUUGAUGCUAACUACAGUUCCUUUCAGAAGUUUACAUACACUCAUUGACAUGAAGGACAUUAAUUGGAAUCUUUUAAUGUAUAUUUUUCAAUAUUAUUAUUAUUAAUGAUAAUUUUCCUUCCUCUGGGGUAAGCUUAUAAUAUAAUAUACAACUUUCAUAUUUUUUAAAACUAAAAAUUGAGUUGACAAAUUCGUGUGCACCCCAAAUACUAUUUAAUUAGAUUUUCCUAAGCAAGGUGCCGACAAACCAAAUACGUUUUGUAGCUACCAGCAGACUAGCAUCAUUCUGACUGAAUAUUUUACAACUAUCUUUUGUAGAAAUCAUUGCGUUAAUCUAAAUUGCUUUUAUUUCUUUCCUCAGCUUAACUUCUUGGACUCGUUAUUGUGGCCCAGUAGCUCAAUCUUUACAUUUCAGUCCACAGUGAUGUUAGACUUGUUCCACUGUGAACAGUAACGCUGCUGCUGUCCUAGAAUCUUCCACUUCAUGAUCAGCACAGAAACAACCAUAGUUGUUUCUAUGUUUUUUCUGGACAUCUGAACUAUUUUCUUCUGUAAUCUGUGGGUAAUGAUUUGGGUAAAAUAGUUUAAACAUCUUCACAGUUUUGUGCUCCAACAGGACAAUUAAACAAAACACACAUUUUGACUGUGUGUAGAUUUAAAUAUCUACAAUAAAUUGAAACUUUAGGCCCUGACUCGUAUUUUUUGUUGCAUAAUUACCUUGGAUAAAUGCACAAUUUAAAGCUCAAAAUUUAUGUGCCAUUCUUGUCCUUCUUGCAUAUGUAUAACUUCAACUGUAGAUAGCAGAAAUAAAUGCAUUAUAUUUAAAAUAUGCAGUUUCCUAAGCCUAUAUCUGGAUAAUCCACCAAAUAAAGAGGCAGAUCUUCCAUAAAUUGACCCGUGGGUCUUUAGAUUAAAGGUGGCAUGGUUCGACUGAGGGUUUGUAUGUAUGCACUAAGCUCCUGCUUGUUUUGCUCAGGACAAAACAGGCCACUAAAAAUAAAACAAACAGUUCUUGAUAAGAAGCAAAGUGGCAACAUGGAUGGCAGCUCUGUUUUCUCUCCUUUUUAUUUGAUUUUUGUAUUGUCAUAAAGGGCUUCAAUGCACACAUAGAAAGAGACGGCAUGAACAUGUAGUUACAAUCAAGAGCAGCUGCCAGCAGCGCUUCCCCCGUGCCGAGCUUCACACCGCCUGGUUGUGUAGAAGGAGAACCGUCGCUGAAGCAGCUGUACACCUCAAGGUGAACGCAGUUGUUCAACGUCAUUAACAGAACACACUUCAUCCAGGGGUCGCCCUCACUGAGGUGUUAAUCUACAGUCGCUCUCAAAACAAACAUCUCAGCAAAACUCCACGUCUGAGAUCUGGGUGCUGGUUACACUGUCUACGCGCACGUCGUCCUAUCCUCUCUCUGUCAACAUGCUUAGCUAUCUGCGGUGACGGGUUAACUGUGGGAAAAUAUAUUUGUGACUCUUGACAUAGCCCAGUAUCGAUGUUGGCGUCCUUAUUACCGUGGCCGUCUUGUGGAGUUGAUCUUUUUUCGUGUCAAGUGUCUUUAAAAGGUGUUCAAGUGGCACUGUCAAGCAAUCUUUGAAUCUCCUCUCGAAGGCGACGACUCUUUAUCACGCAUACUGGUGUAUAGUAUGUAGCUGCAGUAGGUACUGAUGAUCGUUGUAAAAAAAGUGACCCUUAAUAUGCAACUCAGUGGAAAGAUGUGGGAGAGAUGUGUAAGGUUAAAUUAAUAUCGUCAGAGUUGUUAGUCUGUUGUUUAACUGUUCUUGCUGCUUUGUUUUGCUUUUGUUUUUGCAAACUGUGUGUUGUUUUUCUGACGUUUUGCAUCCUGAGUAAGUGUAUAAGCAUUUGGCCCCUUUUUUGACCUAAAGGAUUCCAGGGUUUCUGCGCUGUCUUGAAACGAACUUUUAUCAUUUUCCAAAUUUGCCAAAUAUGGGGGGAAAGAAACCCAAAAAAAAAAACAGUUACCUAAUUUAUUUUUGAAAAAAAUUCUCAACUAGUUAACUUAGAUUUAACUUGCAUCCUAUGUGUUUGAUUUGCCACAUCACAAUUUUUAUUAAAGUUUUAGAGCGAUUGUGUGAGAAAAUCCUCUGGAAAACCACUUACCCUUCCUCCCCAAAAUUAUAAUAAUACUAAUAGAAUCUGUUUUCAACUCCGACAAAUUGAAUAAAGGUGUAAAAAUGUACAAACACCUCAAUGAAGCUGUGUUUAUUGAUGGGCAACUCUGUCCAAAUUUGUCAAAUCUGUCUCUUUAAUUGCCCAUUAUGAUCAGUUGAAGAGAUGCUUUUAAUUUCCUCCUUCUCUCUCUGCUUGUUGGUCCUUUUCAAUUUUUCUUUGACUUGUGAUCAGUUAUUGAACUGGACAUAUUGGCAAUAUACUUGUUUUAGGAACCUUAUUGGUGUGUAGGAAAGCCACCAAUAAGCAUCUUGUGUUAACCUUAAGUUUAACACAAGAUGCUAAACUUAAGGUGUCGUAGCCCGAGUCUGCUGACAUUUUUUUUCCAAUGAGAAAUCUGCCACCCCAUACCAUCAUAUCUCCUUCACCAAAAGCUGUUCAGGACUUGGCAGGUUUGUCAUGAACACAACUCAAAACUAAACUCUGCUGCUCAAUUUCUGUUUCUUACAAAUUUGGCACCAUUUCAGGAAGAUAAAACUCAACCAAGUUUUGUUUUUUUCUUUUUUGUAAGGAAUUCAAACCUAAAAACCAUGUGGUAGCCCUGGAAUCCAUAAAACAUCCAUCCUUAUUCAGAUUAUGAAUUUCUAAAUUCAAGGUUAACUGGCUUAGACGUCAUGGAAUUACAGAUGUUUGUGAUGUGGUUGCAACUAUAGGAUCUGUCCCAGGGGCUUAAUCCAAAAUCUGUUUUUGCGUUUUUUGUUUUAAUUUAUAUAUAUUUGUAUGCGUGUAUGUAGGGGUGUGUGUGCGUGUGUGUCCUCCUCUGCUGCUACACCAGUCAUUUAUGCUCCUUAUUUUCUGUUGCAUCCUCCACAGCAUUUUCUGUCCUCAUUAUGUGGCGUUUUUCUAAUUGAUCUCAACACUGUAAUUUAUUCUGCAGAUGUAAUUUUAUAAUUGAUCAUUGCUUGUUUUUCUUUGUAAGCAACAUAUGGAGAGGAUAAUAACAGCACUUGUGUGGCCGUUGAAUUUAUUAGCUCUCAAGAUGUUGGGAUUUUUUUAAAAAGUGGAGUUUGUAAAAGGUUGACUGUGCAGGGUUAUAUUUUUUUUUCUCUCUUGCUCUGUGGAGUGGGUUUGUGUUUCAAACGGAAUAUAAGUGAGUAAUACAAAGUUAAUAUUCUGUUGUUAUUUUUCUGUAUGGGUUGUAAUAAAAUAUUGCAGUACUUUGUAUGAAAACAGACAAUAGUUAAUUGUAACUAUUUAUAAAUUAAAUUAUUGUACUUUUUUGCAAUCUGUAGAUAAGCACUAUGUAUUCCUAUACAGUAUCAGCUGUGGAUUUAAAUGUGAUUCUCUGAGGUGUCUAAGUUAUUGAUGUAUAUAUUGUAUGUUUGUUGAUACAGCUUUCUUUAUUUUCUAUAAGACCAAUAAAAUGUUUUGGAAAAGGA